UACCACGUGAUCCCAAUGAUUUAUUUUUCCCCCAAAAAUUAUUGACUUCCUCUAGAUUUAAAAGGGCGACAGUAGAGCAACACUGCAAUGCAAUGCCCCUUUUUUGUUGGCACCUUAUCUUAUAUAUCACCUUCAACUACUCUUCACACAUCUUCACAAAAUGGGAAGGCCUCCAUGCUGUGACAAGGUUGGGAUCAAGAAAGGUCCUUGGACUCCUGAAGAAGACAUCAUUUUGGUCUCCUAUAUUCAACAACAUGGUCCUGGCAAUUGGAGAGCAGUACCUACUAACACUGGACUGAUGAGAUGCAGCAAGAGCUGCAGGCUGAGGUGGACCAACUACCUAAGACCAGGGAUCAAGAGGGGAAGCUUCACCCCUCAUGAAGAAGGGAUGAUAAUCCAUCUACAAGCUUUGUUAGGCAACAAAUGGGCCGCCAUAGCCACGUACCUUCCGCAGAGGACAGACAACGACAUCAAGAACUACUGGAACACGCACUUGAAGAAGAAGCUCAAGAAGAUCCAAUCCGGCCUCGAGCCCCAAAUGCCACCCCAUCCCACGACGUCGUAUCAUCACUUGGCGUCGUCCGAGAAUUCAUCCGUGUACGCUUCCAGCGCAGAGAACAUCUCGAGGCUUCUACAGGGAUGGAUGCGAUCGUCCCCUAACAACGUUGAUUUUGGGAAAACGGUCCCGAGCCACGAAAGCCAGUGGCAGAAGAUCGAGGAAGGGAUGGCUAAUGAUCAUGAUUUGGAAAGGAUGUUGGUGUUUGAGCACCAAACCUCGAAUGUCGCGGUGGCGUGUGAUAAAUCGUCGUGCGAUUCGAGCCAGAAGGGCUCGGACAGCAGCGUUUGCAAGAUCGAUAACGGCAAUCCGCCGUUGUCGUUUCUUGAGAAAUGGUUGUUGGAUGAGAGUGCAGCUCAAGUUGAAGGAGCUAUGGAAUUGCCUCCCAUAUUUUAACUAUAUGCUUAAUUAAUUUCUAUUAUAUUUGCAUAUUGAGCUUAAUUAAUUAAUAUUAGCAGUAGUAAUGAGCAUCUGAAAUUUUUUUAAUUUCAGAAACUUAUCUUCGUUCCAAAAAGUUGGAUAACUCUAUGCUGCUACACCCCUUUUUCCUUUUUA